AUGGCGAAAAUUGAUUCAAGCGAAACUAUUAAACGUUUGGAACGCAUUUUCGCUCGCUUUGGAUUGCCCCUCUCCAUGCAUGCGGAUAAUGGACGUCAGCUCAUGAGCGUGGAAUUCAAACAGUAUUGCCGAGUGAAUAAUAUUACGUUGAUUAGCACCACACCUUAUUGGCCGCAACAAAACGGAGAGGUUGAGCGUCAAAAUCGGUCGUUAUUGAAGCGAAUAUCCAUUUGUCAGAGCGAAAAAGGAAAUUGGCAAGAAGACUUGCAGAAGUACUUACUCAUGUAUCGUUCAACUCCGCACUCAACAACGUUGAAAACACCGGCAGAGUUGAUGUUCAAUCGGAAUAUUCGUGAUAAAUUGCCAUCAAUUGAUCAGCAUAUCGAAAGAGAAGACAGUGAAGUCAGAGAUCGUGAUGCGGACAUGAAACGAAAGGAGAAAGAGUAUGCCGAUCGCAAACGAAAUGCCAAAACAAAUGUCAAUGUCAGAAGGAGAUGA